GUGGCCAUAGGAACCGGCGCAGCGCCAAACAAAGCUGGGUCCUCCUCCCGCCCCGCCACACGCGCACCCUGGGGGCAUAAGGAGGGAGGAGACAGCGCAGCUCCGGUCUCUGCAGCGGCGCUGGCGACCCCGUCCCGCCGCCGGCACUAUGCGCUGGGCGCUGCCGCGGGAGCCGCCGGUGCGCUAAGAGGAGGAGGAGCAGGCGCGGCGGCCGGAGGAGGGACUCGCGCCCGGGAGUCGUAGGAUCUGGCCCGGGCCCGGGAGUGAAGGCGGAGCAGGUGCGGCGGCAGGACGAGCCUCAGCGACCGAGGUUGCAUUGCUGUGGAUGGCAAGGAGGGCGCCGGGGAAGGGGGAAGAUCGUUCAUAGACGACUGAAGCUGGAGGGCACGGCAGCCCGCCCCCCCUUCCCCGGCGGACACGGCGGCUUGUUCUCCGAUUGCGCAGGAGCCUGAACACACACACACACACACACACACACACACACACACACACACACGCUCGUUUUUCUUCUAUUCGUGUGAAAUUCCAGAAAGGAUCUGGCACCGAUUUGGAUUUGCAUUUCUUGCUCCUGUUAUUUCAGAUUGCUUGGCAUCUGCCUGCACCACCUUAACCCGGUCUGCUCACCUUACCCUCUUCACAACCCUGCUCUGGACUGGAAAGCGCUCUGCUUUUGACAUAUAUUAGAGAGUACCCAUUAUUGUUCUCCACAUGCUUUAAUUUGGAUUUGCACAGAAUUUACCUUGAUGCAUCCGGGUCGCACAGAAGUUUCUACGCGGAUCCGGCUUGCGCAACGCUUAAAGCCGCUUUAAGGAGCACCUAUUUGAACUGCGUACAAGAAGUACUAUAUUCUGGACUGAGCUGAAUAGCACAUUGAACUCGGGUAUUGUAACAUUGCACGGUGGCCUCCAGCUUCGUUUGCACAGGAUUGCACAACCGUCGGUCCACUGAUUUCCUUAACGCGCUCCUUACCUCUUCUGAACCGGAUUGCAAAGCAAUCCCUGCACUGCUCUGAAUUGCACGUUGCUUGCACAAAUCCGGAUUAGCGUUACAGCUAGCUGCUGAGAGUGUUUUAUUCACAAAGAUAUAAAUAUGUUGCCGGGAUCUAUCCAGAUCUCUGGGGAGACUUUAUCAAGUGCCGAGAUUCGGGAUAUCUGUGAGAGCCUGAGAGAGAACUCCAUCAAACUGCUUUCGCUCCGGGGCUGUCAGCUUUCCGACAGAGAUUUUGGCCGCAUCUGCAGGGGGGUCGCAGAAUCUCACUCCUUAGCUCAACUUAAUCUUAACUUGGGGAUUGUCUCCAAUAUCAAUCGGGUCAAGCAACUGGCUGAAGCCCUGAAGACCAACCGCUCUGUCCAGUCUUUGUUCCUCCAUGGAAGUCCCCUGACAGACGCUGGUCUGGCUCUUCUGAACCCAGCACUCUCCAUCCAUCCCUCACUAGUGGCCUUGGACUUAGGGGACUGCAUGCUGGGUGAUGAAGGUAUUAACUUGAUCUGUGGACUGCUCCCUCCUGAUGGGGCCAAGUCAGGUUUGAAGGAGUUGACUCUCAGUGCUAACCCUGGCAUCACAGCCAAAGGAUGGGGGCGCCUGGCUAUUGCAGUGGCUCAUAGUUCCCAGGUGCGAGUGUUGAACUUGGACUACAACCCACUGGGUGACCAAAUAGCAGGAAUGCUGGCAGUUUCUGUGGCAUCCAGCCGCACCCUCGAGGUUUUGGACUUGGAAGGAACGGGACUCACCAACCAAUCAGCCUUGAUCCUGCUGGAUAUGGUGGAAAACUACCCAACAGCUUUACGGACGCUGAUCCUGGCAGAGAACAACAUCAGCCCUGAGCUUCAGCAGCAGAUCUCCGACCUUCUUUCUGAGGGUGAGGAAGACGAUGAGACGGAGACUCGUGAAGUCAUGGCAAGGGAGAAGAACAACUGGAUCUGCCAUAGCAAUUCUAGUUCCCAGAUGGUCUUGGUAACUUCAGGCCUUGGAGAAAGUCUUCUAGCAGAAACAGAAAUGUGAAAAGGAAACUCCCAUUGCCUCUAAUGAGAACAUCAUUUCCAUGUAUGUGGAAAGACUGUGUUUAUUUUUUUAAAAAAGUGCAUUCACACAUAUAUCAUGUGUGAAUGUGUACUGUGCUUGUGUGUUUGCAAGUGAGUGUAUGCACUAGGCAAACAGAUGGGUGUGAAAGCCUAAUGUCUAGGUGUAAUUGCUGCGCCUGCCCUGAGUGCAGAUCCACACACUGUGUCUUACUGAAGUCACUUUUAGCUCCACACUGGGACAUGGCCCAAGUUAAUCUCUAUGUCUGUGUCACACAACUUGUCAGUUGCUUGUGAUUGUCCAGUUGCUGUAUUUUUAGGUCACACCAUCCAUUCUUGACUAAUCUUUGCAGGAGGCUGUAUUUAUUCAGAUGUGUAUAUUUAUGUAUAACAGAUGCUUUUUAUUGCUUGUACCUAUGUCUUAAGUAGAAUUUUAUAUAAAGUUCACAGAAAUGG